AUCAGAAAAAGGUGGGAAGGAAGUAGCAUAAUAGAAGGUUCGGGUUAGGGCUUAAGAGUGUUUUUGCUCUUUCUUCCUCUUCAUCUUUGCGAUUGUUGUUCUGUGCAAGAGAGAAGAAGAGAUCGAUCGAUCGAAAUGGCGUUGGCUUUCGACGAGUUCGGAAGGCCGUUCAUAAUACUGAAGGAACAGGAGCAGAAGAGCAGACUCCGAGGUUUGGAUGCUCAAAAAUCGAACAUUUCCGCCGGCAAAGCCGUCGCGCGGAUCCUCCGCACCUCCCUUGGUCCUAAAGGCAUGGACAAGAUGCUCCAGAGCCCCGACGGAGACGUCACCAUCACCAACGACGGCGCCACCAUCCUCGAGCAGAUGGACGUGGACAACCAAAUCGCGAAGCUCAUGGUGGAGCUUUCGAGGAGCCAGGACUACGAAAUUGGCGAUGGCACCACCGGCGUCGUCGUCAUGGCCGGCGCGCUUCUCGAGAAGGCUGAGCGCCUCCUGGAGCGGGGAAUUCACCCCAUCAGGAUCGCCGAGGGUUACGAAACGGCGUCUAGAAUCGCGGUUGAGCAUCUUGAGCGCGUGGCCAACAAGUUCGAGUUCGGGGAGUCCAAUUUGGAGCCUCUCAUUCAAACCUGCAUGACCACACUCUCCUCUAAGAUUGUUAAUCGGUGCAAGCGCAGCUUGGCUGAGAUCGCUGUUAAGGCUGUUCUUGCUGUUGCUGAUCUGGAGAGGAAGGAUGUUAAUCUGGAUCUGAUUAAGGUGGAAGGGAAAGUUGGGGGUAAAUUGGAGGACACUGAGUUGAUCUAUGGCAUAGUUGUUGAUAAGGAUAUGAGCCAUCCUCAAAUGCCUAAGCAAAUCGAGGAUGCUAAAAUUGCUAUCCUGACCUGCCCCUUCGAGCCUCCCAAGCCAAAGACUAAGCAUAAGGUUGAUAUUGAUACAGUGGAGAAGUUCCAGACGUUGAGGUUGCAGGAACAGAAGUAUUUUGAUGACAUGGUUCAAAAAUGCAAGGAUGUGGGUGCAACCCUUGUAAUUUGCCAAUGGGGUUUUGAUGAUGAAGCAAAUCAUCUCUUAAUGCACAGGAACUUGCCAGCUGUCAGAUGGGUUGGUGGUGUAGAGUUGGAAUUGAUAGCUAUAGCAACUGGUGGAAGAAUUGUUCCUAGGUUCCAGGAGUUAUCAACAGAAAAGUUGGGAAAGGCCGGCAUGGUUCGUGAAAAGUCUUUUGGUACGACAAAAGACCGAAUGCUGUACAUUGAACACUGUGCAAACUCAAGGGCUGUAACAAUAUUUAUCCGUGGAGGUAACAAAAUGAUCAUAGAGGAGACAAAGCGCAGUCUUCAUGAUGCCUUGUGCGUGGCUAGGAAUCUUAUCCGUAACAAUUCUAUUGUAUAUGGUGGUGGUUCUGCUGAGAUUUCGUGCUCUAUAGCUGUCGAGGCUGCUGCUGAUAGAUACCCUGGAGUUGAACAGUAUGCUAUUAGAGCAUUUGGGGAUGCCUUGGAAGCCAUCCCAAUGGCCCUCGCUGAAAAUAGUGGCCUUCAACCAAUUGAAACAUUAUCUGCUGUUAAGUCUCAGCAAAUAAAGGAUAAUAAUCCUCACUUUGGCAUUGAUUGUAAUGAUGUUGGCACUAAUGACAUGCGUGAGCAAGAUGUCUUCGAAACUUUGAUCGGAAAGCAGCAACAGAUCUUACUCGCUACUCAAGUUGUCAAGAUGAUAUUGAAAAUUGAUGAUGUCAUUUCCCCAUCUGAGUACUGAUAUUUUUAAAGUCAGUCACGUUCUACAUCAAGAUUCUGAAUCUUGCUUAUAGUAUUUUGUUUGAUCGGUCUGAUUGUAGUCACAGUCCGUAUGUUUACUUGAAAUGUAAGAUUUUGGCCCGGUUUGUAUCGGACUUGGGCGGCUAUUUUUGUUUUUGUUUUUUUUUUUAAUGCAAUUGUUAUCUUUUGAUUUUUAAAACAUUAUGGAUUAGUUGUUUUUGUUUAGACAUUUUAACCUUUGUUUGUAGGCCGAGUAAAAUUUUGUUAUCUAAGUCUUA